AGAAAUGAAAGUAGAAAAACGUAGGGUUUGAUUUACAGGGGGGAAAAGUAUAUUUUUGUUGAAGGGACUGUUUGAGGAUCGAUUAUAAUUGUGGACAAGUAUAUGUCAAAGAUCAAUUGACGCGAUCACAGGCUUCCUUUAACAAUUUGUUAUUACACUCAUAGAAACAAGUGCCUGUGGCAUAAGAAGAAAAGCUUGCUAUUACAGAUUAACGAUUGUAGAGUUGAAUUUGGCAAACAAAAAUUAAAGAAAAAUGAGACGUAAAGACAGGUUUAAACCCUCAGAAACAGACAGCGUUAAUGAUUCAUUAAAUUGUACUUCGGAAGUAGAGAGUUGUCCAGAUAGAGUAGCUGAAGAACUUGAAGAUUUAUUACAAAGGGAGACAAUAUCACAUCAGGAAUACCAGAGACUAAGGAAAACAAACAGGUUACCAGAUAAUUUUGGUGUUUGUACUUUAACAGAGAAUAUUGAUGAAUCAGCAAUAUUAUAUGAUGGAAAUUUAUGUUCAUCAAGUAAUGCAAAGCAUUCACAACCAUUCAAUCCUUUUCCAUACAAUGAGAAUGGAAUCCCUGUUAAUUGGACAAGUAAUUGUAAGCAUAGUAUCUAUGAUAUAGUGACAUUAUCCCCAGGACAAAAAGAAUAUGACCAUAUUUGUGAUGAAAUGAAAAGUGUUGGUAUUCAGAUCACUAAAAUAGAGCGCUUAGAAAAUAUUCAUCUUCUAGACAGAUUCAAAUCCGAAACUGAACAUAUUAAAAAACAUCGGCAGCUUGGGUUUAACAUGAACAUUCAAUAUUUAUAUCAUGGUACAAAAGUGGACAAGUCUCGUAUUGGUGAAGAAGGAUUAGACCAAAGACUUAGCAGAAUGGGCUUCUUUGGAAAAGGAAUUUACUUUAGUGACAAUCCUUUGAAAUGUAUUCAUUAUGCAAAAGACAGUAAUUUAGAAGAGUCAUAUAUACUCAAGUGUAGAGUUAUUCUUGGAGAUUCUAAGCAUUUUCCUAAAGGAGAGUAUGAUACCGCUUUACAGAGAGAGCCAGAGAAACCUGAUGUAAAGACAGGAUGGAGGUUUUAUGAUUCUGUUGUGGGAUGCCCUAGAGAUUACAAUGAAUUUGUAAUAUAUGAGAAUAGACGAGCUAUGAUAGAAUAUAUCAUAUCAUUUAAACUAGAUUCUAGAGGAAACCAAGAACUGAAAACACUUUCACCUAGUCCUUUCAAUGACAAUUCUGCAUUUGUAACAGAUGAUACCCAUAGUGAUAAGAUAGAAGAAAUAAGGGAGACAAUCAGAAGGAAACGCUGUACAGAAAAAGGAGAAGAAUAUAUUCCACCUGAUGAGGAUAAAAAGAGAAAAGAUAGAGACCUAUAUCUCAGAUUACAACAACUUCAUAAAGGAAGCCAAGAUUCUAAGAGUGAUGCCAAGGAAUCAAUGGAGGUAAUUGAAGAGAGGACUGGAAGCAUACAAUCACAUAAAGAGAGAACUGAUAGCAUACAAUCAAAUAAAGAUGAUAUAGAUCCUAUAGAAGAAGUGAUAGAUUCUUUAGUAACAGACUUUCUAGUUGUGACAAAUACAGACAAUAUAGAAGCUGCUAAAUAUUAUAUAGAGAGAUCACAAAUGGAUGUAGAUAAAGCUAUAACUAUGUAUUAUGAAGAAAUGUUAUGAUAGAAGAAUUACGAAUAUGAAGUUUAUAUAUUGAUAUUAUUACAAAUACAGUGCACCAUGCAAUGAAUGACUUAUCAUUGGUCCAUUUGCAAGAACCGAUAUACACUUGUGCCACUAGUAUUUUCUUUUUGUUGAUUUCAAAUGUGUGAAAGAAAAUGAUGUGAAACAUAGGUGGAGAAAUUUAAUGGAAUAAAAUGAGAAAUCAUGAUCUAACA